UUUGUAAAUCGUCCUCCCGGCAGGAGGAGUUCUUUAUUCGAUCUCCAUUUGCGAAGCGCGUGCAUUAGGGGAAAGGGAGCGCGUGAGUGAGUGAGCGAGCAAGAGCGAGCGAGCGCGAGCGCUGUGGCGGCACUGAGCGGAGCGCGUGUGUGUUGAGCCUCGCUGUGAGCAUAGUGGAGGAGCGCGAGACACGUUUUCUUUGCACUUCUCCGGCAGAGGUUGAAGCAAGUUUUUCUCUUCGUCGCGGCGACGAUCGAAACUGAUCGGAAGAUAUUCUCAGAGAGAGAGAGAGAACACACAAACAAAAAAAAAACAAAAAAAAACAAAACAAAACUUACUCACAGCCCGCGAAAAUCAUGUCGGCCUCCGCGGCGAAAGUGAGCAGAAAGGAGCAGAACUCGAACCAUGACGGAGCGGACGAGACCUCCGAAAAAGAGCAACAGGAAGCUAUUGAGCACAUCGAUGAAGUACAGAACGAAAUUGACAGAUUGAAUGAACAGGCCAGCGAGGAAAUCUUGAAAGUAGAACAGAAGUACAACAAGCUGCGUCAGCCAUUCUUCCAGAAACGGUCAGAACUGAUAGCCAAAAUCCCCAACUUCUGGGUCACGACGUUUGUCAACCAUCCACAAGUUUCUGCUUUGCUUGGUGAGGAAGAUGAGGAGGCUCUUCACUAUCUGACCAGAGUGGAAGUGACAGAGUUUGAAGACAUCAAGUCAGGUUACAGAAUAGAUUUUUACUUCGAUGAAAAUUCUUACUUUGAAAACAAAGUCCUGUCGAAAGAGUUUCACUUGAAUGAAAGUGGGGACCCAUCAUCAAAGUCAACAGAGAUCAAAUGGAAAGCAGGAAAGGAUCUGACGAAGCGUGCGAGCCAGACACAGAACAAGGCAGGAAAGAAGAGGCAACAUGAAGAACCCGAGAGUUUCUUUACCUGGUUCACCGACCACUCUGAUGCAGGGGCUGAUGAGCUGGGCGAGGUCAUCAAGGAUGACAUCUGGCCAAACCCGCUGCAGUACUACCUGGUCCCUGACAUGGAUGAUGAAGAAGGUGAAGGUGAGGAUGAUGAUGAUGAGGAGGAGGAAGAAGGCUUGGAGGACAUUGAUGAAGAAGGAGAUGAGGAUGAUGGCGAAGAAGAUGACGAGGAGGAGGAUGGGGAAGAAGGAGAGGAUGACGGCGAAGACGACUAAACCUGAAGACAGCGGAACCCACAUACAUCUUUGCCCGUUCUUUUUCCUUUUAAUUUUCCUCUAAUUCUUGGGAGCAAGAUGCUUUGUUGGUUUAUUUUUAUUUUGUGUGCUCUGUCUCCAUGUUCUACUGAGCCCUCUCCUGUAUAUGUCAUGUCUAAUACAGAUCUAUUCCCAGGACAGACUUGCAUCAGAACUAGUGGAGAGACCUUGCUGAGGUUCCAUGAAUCAUCUCCCCAGCACACUUCCAUCUCAAGACAGAUUAACCACCUGCACGCCAUGUUAUGUAGACUACAGUAAAAUAGCGAUUUAUAAAUAUAUAUAAUUUUGUUUUGUUUAAGGUUGUGAGUUAAAUAAAAGCCAUGGUGCAGUGAUCUGCUAGUUCUAGCAUCCCCUUCAACUUUUUUAAUGUAUAAAUACUUCAGUACAGAGCUGGCCCUAGUUCAUCCUUUUCCCCCAUGUGAAUUGGACAAAUAGAAAGCACCAGCUUGUUCUUGUCUCUUGUAAUGUUUUGGGUCAACAUUGGGGCGGGGUGGGUUUAUUCUAGACUGUUUAUUGGGGAGGGAGUUGGGGUGGGAGGCAGAUGGGCAUUUUGACACAUCAACAUUUAUGGAUUUAUGUUGAUAUGUUAUUUUCAUUGUAAUGUUUUACAGACAUUCAUGAGGUUUGAAAUUACAUUUUUAAUAAAGAAAAAACAAAACUGAAA